GUUAAAGUGUUAGUGUUUCCGUGUUGUUUUUUUUGCCAUGUGUUAGUCAGGCGGUUUUGCUGUAUAAUUUUAAGUACCUUUAUACGUUGACCGUAAAACAGAGUAUGGCAAAACACAGAAAGAAUAAAGCUGUCGAUCCACAAGGCUCCAGGAAGGAACAACCCCAGCGCAAAAAGCAGAAAAGAGAAGCCAGGUCCGGGAAUGAGGAUGACCUCGACCAUAUCCCCUACCGGCUCCGAGAAAUCAUGAAGAGCAAAGAGAAAAUGAACACACGGAUCGUUAAAAAGAAGAAAAAAGACUCCAAGCCACGCCAGGCAGCAGACUCACUUCAAGACCUAACGGACAUCCCCGUACCGAAGUUCCGCAGGGGAAAGUGGGAGUCCGAGAGCUCGUAUUUGAGACGCAUGGAUCAGGAGACCCAUCAUGUAAUGUUUCUCACCAAGAACCAGAUAGAGCGCCACCCGGAGACGGAUGAGCCUUCAGAAAGGCAGAAGUCGGAAAAGAAAAAAGAGUUUGACAAGAUCCGUCUGAAAAGGUUACUGAAGAAGAAGGAAGAAAAGCGAGAACAGAAAAGGGAGGAGGAGAAGUUUACAGAUAAAGUGGAAUUUGGUGAAGUUGCCAUGGAACCCCCUUCCCUCACAGCAAAGCCAAAGAAGGCACCGAACAAGGCCAAGGGUGGAAUGAAGGGCCUGUUGCUGAGUCAUUUGCUUGGAUCAUCCCCCGUCUCUACUGCCAAGCCUUCCAUGGCACGACAGAGGAUAAUGCUGGAAGAGAGGGAGCGCGUGGUGCAGGCGUAUCGCCACCUGAAGACCCUGAAACAGGAGAGGCAGGGCUCCAGUUCCACCAGUCUGGACAGACUACAAAACCCACACUGAGCUUGGCAAGGGAGGACUGAAGUCCUUCACACUGAUUGUUAUCUAUGCUUAAAUCAGGGAACCUCUGUGCCUUGACUCGGAAAAGGCUCUCUGGAGUGCCCUCAGGUGGACAUAAGCUGUAAUGACACAUGGAUGGGUCAGUAGAAGCAGUUCAAGAUACUGUAGAUUCCUGUGAGUCUUCAACCACAUCACAGACCAAACGCUUUCAAAUUAUCGUAAAAGCCGAUGCUGCAAAGAAGUUGUUUUUUUUUUGUUUGGAUUUUGAGAAUUUUAUAUGUCAAUAUCAAAAUUCGUUGGUACACGCUUUUCUCAUUUUACAACUGUAAUUUCUGACAGACUCAAACAUGUAUUUUUGUGUUAAGAUCAAGUUGUAAAAAUGUUUGUGUAUCCUGAUGUUUUUCCCCAACAAACUAAAACUUGGUAGGAUUGGUAUCAGUGGUUGCAGGUGUAUUUCAGGAGUUCUUGAAUAAUUAAUUCCAGUUAUUUCUCCUAGUGCGUUUAAGGCUUUCCUGUCCAACUUUUCUGCACUUUUUUUCAGUGAAUAAAAUGAAUAAUGGAGACAAGUAUUCAAGUCCAUAUUGUUCUGCGGUUAUAUUUAGAAUUUACAAUUCUUGUUUAUGACAUACCCACCCAGUUCGGCAUUGUCAAUAGCAUCAUUCUGUCUCGGCUCACACGCCAACCCCUGUCCCCACACAUGGAGAAGAGGAAGUGCAAAAGGGCUCUGUGACCCACUUCCCCCGUCUCCACACGGCGCGCAACAUGCAGGAGGCCCAGGGCUGACUGGGAGAGAGGCACGCCCUCACCUGCACCCUCAUAAGAUUGCAGCUGCACAGGAAGCCGCAGUGAUCCCGGCUCCACUGGGGCCUGUGCAAGCCCUGGCCACCUGAUCCUGCUGCGCUUGUGCUGGAGCACAGCUUGAAGGAUCCAAUUCAGAGUCAGCAAGUGUAUUUUUAAAAUACACCAUAUCCAGACUUCAGCGUGUUGUUUUUUAAGUCUCAUCUGAGUACAACAGUCAUCUCUUUCCUGGUAAUUGCCAAAACAAAGGAAAAUAUCCACCAUCUUAUUUGGGGUUUGCAAUGAAUUUGGGAAGUGUACAGUCAGGAAGCUGAUGAUGGCCUUCGUUGACUGUGAAGAUUUUGGAAUCUUGUCAUGGCUCAUACUCACCACCAGGUGGCUGUGGGGGACUAGUUUUCAAGAUGACUAAAUUUCGUACCUUAACAUUUGCUCCUGGGAAUGUCUGCCUGUUGACCUUGUACCCAUUUUAAAAUGUUAUUGCUGUUAAAAAAUCAGAUAAACACUGACACGACCUUU